UCAGGAUGGACCUGGGGCAGGUGGGGGAUUUCCUGCUUCCCUCCCACAUCUAAUUCCUGGUUGUCCUGUCCGGUGGGGUGGUCAGUCCUGAGGCCCUGGACACUCAGCUCCUGGAGAUGGAGGUGAAGGAGGAGGGGAUCCAGGCCCUGCCUCUGCCUGUGUGUGGGGGAGGAGGGGACCCAGGCCCUCCCUCUACCUGUCUCGGGAGGUAGGAGGGAUACCCAUGCCCCAUCCCUUCCCAUUUGGGGGAGUAGGGGGGACCUAGGCCCACCCCCUGCCUGUUGGGGUAGUGGGGAGGAGACCCAGGCACUGUCCCUGCCUGUUGUGGGGGGAGGGUGCAGCUGCACUCCAGUCACUACAGUGACCCCUACCCUGCAUGAUCUCAUUUGUCUGAGGUGUCUGAGCUGGGGCCAGGCUUCAUGCCAAACUGUCUGCCUGGAUUAUCUCAUUGGAGCCCAGCAGCACCCCGUGACACUGCUCUUUCGUUAGCCCACUCUGUAGAUGGGCAAACAGAGGCACAUAGAGUGUGUGGUGGUGGGCAGCUCUCGGAGCCUGUUCUCCUGGCUCCAGGCCUUGGGGCUCAGUGCUGAUAUCUGUGGUGUUCCAGAUCUGCUGAUGCUCAGAGGUGGGAAAGCUCAGGGGGCCCAAGACAGGUAGCGAGGCUGUGGGGUGGCUGGUGAGCUGGGUAGUUGAAGCAAGUGGACAGCGUGUGGGUGGAUGAGUGAAGAAUGGAGAUGGCCCAGCACAAGGGGUGGGAUCCUGACCAUGAGACCAUGCAAAUGGAGUUCCAGGGGCUUGGGCAGAUGUGGGAUCUUGAGUGCCAGGUGGGGAUGUUGUUCUUCAGGCAGUAGGGAGCCAUGGAAGGUCCCUGAGCAGGAAAAUGGCCCAACCAGAUUGUCCUUGGCCCAGAAAGACGUGAUUCUAAAGGAAGUGCUCAGAGCCCGAAAGCAAAUGGCCUCUUCAUAUAAUCUCGAAGGCCCCAAGCAGAGACACACCAAGAUGAAGACAGCUACCAACAUCUACAUCUUUAACUUGGCACUGGCGGACACCCUGGUCUUGCUGACGCUGCCUUUCCAGGGCACGGACAUCCUCUUAGGCUUCUGGCCAUUCGGGAAUGCCUUGUGCAAGGCAGUCAUUGCGAUCGACUACUAUAACAUGUUCACCAGCACCUUCACGCUCACUGCCAUGAGCGUGGACCGCUACGUAGCCAUCUGCCACCCCAUACGUGCUCUUGACGUCCGCACGUCCAGCAAAGCCCAGGCUGUCAAUGUGGCCAUCUGGGCAUUGGCCUCCAUCAUCGGCGUCCCUGUUGGUGUCAUGGGCUCAGCGCAGGUUGAGGAUGAAGAGAUCGAGUGUCUGGUAGAGAUCCCCGCCCCACAGGACUACUGGGGACCAGUGUUCGCCAUCUGCGUCUUCCUCUUCUCCUUCGUCAUCCCGGUGCUCAUCAUCUCCGUCUGCUACAGCCUCAUGAUCCGGCGGCUGCGCGGCGUCCGCCUGCUCUCGGGGUCCCGAGAGAAGGACCGGAACCUGCGGCGCAUCACACGGUUGGUGCUGGUGGUGGUGGCUGUGUUUGUUGGCUGCUGGACGCCAGUCCAGGUCUUUGUGCUGGUUCAGGGGCUGGGUGUGCAGCCGGGCAGUGAGGCUGCUGUGGCCCUGCUGUGCUUCUGCACGGCCCUUGGCUACAUCAACAGCUGCCUUAACCCCAUCCUCUAUGCCUUUCUUGACGAGAACUUCAAGGCCUGCUUCCGCAAGUUUUGCUGCUCAUCCACCCUGCGCCGGGAGACCCAGGUGUCUGACCGUGUGCGCAGCAUCGCCAAGGAUGUAGGCCUGGCCUGCAAGACCUCAGAGACAGUGCCGCGGCCUGCAUGACUAGGCGUGGACCUGCCCCUGGUGCCUGUCAGUCCGCAGAGCCCGUCCACGCCCAACACGGAGCUCACGCAGGUCACCGCUCUCUAGCUGGUGGCCAAGCCUAAGCACCACAGCCUCCACAGGCUUUGCCUUUGGCCUGGACACUUGGCCCAGAAGAGGCUGUUGGAAAGCUGGGACUUGGGACAUCAUGGGACAGGGCGAGGCAUGAGGGCAGCCACUGAGGUCCUCCUGCUGCUGCUGGAUGGACCCUGCGCGACUCUUUCUUGGACCCUUCCCUGCUGAGUCCAGGGCACACUGGAGGUGUGCCUCCAGCUUAUAUAGCUCCACUCCCCCACAUGCUGUGCAUGUUUGCAGGGCCAGGGCUCCCAGCUGUCUCUGCCCUGUGAUUCCCUGCCCCAAGAGCCUGGGACAGAAGCUGUGGACUUCAGGACUUCUGGGCCUCAGCAUGGCCUUGGGAGGGUGGCAGGCCCCUACUGGCCUGUGGUUGUUCUAGAAGAGCCUGACUGGCCUCCAGGCCGUCUCUGGGCCAAGGCCCCAAGCUCCUACUGCCCAAACAGUGUUAACGGGGCCAAGCUGGAGGAGCUGGCCCUGGGGGGUGGGGAGGGGAAGGAAGAGGUUGGCCGGCCUGCUUGAGCCAAGUUACAAGGAUCACCCAACUGUGGGGCCUCAGAAACACCUGGCUGUGGUCAUCCAGAGUAUCCCCUCUCUGAUCUGCAAACAGGCUACAAGUGGGUGACUUUCUUCAGAUGAACUGUUGAGACAGCUGCAAUGCUGAAAAGACUCCUGUGCCCCACCUUCACCUGGGGCUGAGAUGCAAACUUCAGCCAGGUGGCUUUGGCACCUGCAAAGGACAGGAAGCUCUCACUGUGCCCCCACCACCGAGCUUGACAUGGUCGUCCUGGCGGGGGGAGGGGGCAGGAGAGUUGUGAAUUUCUGCUAAGUAACAGUGUACCUUAUGUAUUUAUGCAUGCGAUAACAUCACCUUCUGUUUAUGUGGCCAGCGCCGAAUCUGUCUCCAGGGGUAGUGAGGGAGGGUCUUAAUAAACAACUGCUUAUGACUGCCAUGUUUGCCCCAGGUGUUCCUGGCGUCUGCUGGGGCAAGGGGGUGAUGUCCUGGGGUCACCUCAUGGGUGGGAGGCAACUGCAGGCCCAGGCAGCUUUGUUCCCCCUCCUGCUCUGUUCCUCCUUCCAGGCUCUGCCCACGGCUGGAGGGUCCCCAGGUAGGAGUGUCAUGAGUUGGUGGUGGUGUGGUAGCUGCUAUUUCCUUUGUUUCAGCACGAAGGGCUUCACCCUGAACAGCUGACUCCUACACUGCUUACCUCUGGGCCCUUGGGUGGAGGUUCCCCCACGUGGGCCAGGGCUUCUCUUCACACUACUCAUCUCGGCAGGUCCCCUUUACUCCGUCCUUAAGCUGAUCAGAGGAGGGGUUUGGUGGAAUGCUGAGCUGGUGUCCUGGCUACCGUGUGAACCCAUGG